UUCAAACAGUCAUGGAAGCUAAUAGUUUCUCUAUAGUUUCGUUCUGGCUUUGCAUCCUACUCUUUAGCCAUGGCUCCGUGGCCCAAAAGUUUGGUCAGAGCAUGAGCCCAUGGCAAGGGCCUCGUCAAGGAGGCUCUAGGGAGUGCAGGUUUGAUAGGUUGCAAGCUUUUGAAUCGCUCCGGAGAGUGAGGUCGGAAGCAGGGGUCACCGAGUACUUUGAGGAGGCAAAUGAGCAGUUCCGCUGCAGUGGUAUAUCCGCCAUCCGCCGUGUUAUUGAACCUCAAGGCCUCCUAUUACCUCAAUACACCAACACUCCUGGUCUCGUCUACAUCAUCCAAGGGAACGGUAUCGCAGGAUUAACUUUACCAGGAUGCCCAGAGACCUUCCAGCAGCAAUUCCAAGAUUACGAGCAAUCUGAAUUCUCUGAGGGUCAGAGGCAAACCCAAAAGUUUAGAGAUGAGCAUCAGGAAGUCCAUCGCUUCACACAAGGAGAUGUCAUUGCACUUCCAGCAGGAGUUGCUCACUGGUUGUACAACGACGGGGAUGCACCAGUUGUUGCUAUCUUUGUCUAUGACAUAAACAACAGCGCUAACCAGCUUGAACCUAGACAAAAGCAGAUGAUGGGUUGGGCCUUUAAUUGUUGUGCGUUAUGUGGCAAAAUAUUUAACUGUUUCUACUUAAUUUAUACCAAUUUCCAGGAAUUUGCAUUGGCUGGUAACAACCGGAGACAGCAGCAGACGUCUGAAGGUGCUGUUGAGCAGCACACGGGUCAAAACAUAUUCAACGGGUUCAACGUUGAGUUGCUUAGUGAAGCCUUUAGUAUUAGCAGAGAGAUGGCACAUAAGCUUCAGAGCCAAAACGACCAAAGGGGUGAGAUAGUUCGCGUACCAGAUGGCCUUCAGCUGCUGCGACCCACCGCGAUUCCUCAGCGACAAGAACAAGAGACAUACCAACGAAUCCAGUAUCAGCAAGGACAAUCAAGUCGCAGCCAAUACAAUGGUUUGGAGGAAAAUUUCUGCACGUUGGAGGCAAAGCUAAACAUCGAGGAUCCUAAUCGUGCAGACACCUACAACCCACGUGCUGGGAGAAUAACACGUCUUAACAGCCAGAAGUUGCCGAUCCUUAACAUGGUGCAAAUGAGUGCUACGAGGGUAAAUCUAUACCAGAACGCGCUUCUUUCGCCAUUCUGGAACAUUAACGCUCACAGCGUGGUGUACAUGAUCCAAGGACAGGCCCGAAUUCAGGUAGUUAACGACCAGGGUAGGACAGUGUUCAGCGGCGUGGUUCGUCGCGGACAGCUGUUGAUCAUACCCCAGAACUAUGCGGUUGUGAAGAAAGCGAUGCGUGAAGGAUGCCAAUACAUUGCAUUCAAGACCAAUGCAAACUCCAUGGUGAGCCACAUUGCUGGGAAGAACUCUAUCCUUCGGGCCUUGCCGGUCGAUGUCAUUGCAAUUGCCUACCGUAUCUCAAGAGAGGAGGCCAGGAACCUGAAAAAUAACAGAGGACAAGAGCUUGGUGCGUUCGCUCCGAGGUACGACCAAAGUAGCUAUCAAAUCCGUGCGAAUGAAGAUGAUACAUCUUCGGUCGUUGAGCCUUCCAAGUGAUAGAUUUAGAGAGAACAAGUAAAAUAAGACAUCACAAGCAUGAUGCAGCAUUGUGGUGGUUCUCUAUUUGUAA